AUGACCUCUCCAAAGGGUGAAAGACCUAAGGACCAGCAGCAGCUGAGGCCAUCUGCAAUCACUGAGGCAAUAAGUUUCAUCUUGUGUACAACUAGUCCUCUUUUUGUGAUUUACUACUGGAUAGUCUAUCACUACUUUGAUACCUCGAUAACGGCCGCAGCCAGAACUGCCUCCUCGGAGGGUCUGAUUCAGUUCUUUGCUACUCGCUUUCCUCAUCCAAAUGCGGCAGCCAUCUUGGGCUAUUCCGCUUGGCUUGCUCUUCAGGCAGUUCUGUAUAUCUACUUGCCCGGGACCGAAAGUCUUGGUCCUGUAACGCCGACCGGGCGGAGGUUGAGGUAUAAACUGAACGGUCUCGCAGCAUGGGGCGCAACCGUCGCUUUGUGGGCCAUCGGAACUACCUUGGGAGUCUUUGACCCUGCAUACAUUGCUAAGAACUGGGAGAGCUUCAUGUGGACCAUUAAUGUCUUUGCUCUUCACCCUCGUAUAGGGAAGAUGUGGGAUUGGAGACAUUUCUUUUGUACCCGUACCGGCGGCAUCCUCACCUGGACCGUGAUUGAUUUAUCCUUUGCGGCGUUUCAAUAUCAAACCCACGGCCAGUUGACAAAUACCAUGGUGGCGGUUGUGUUUCUGCGCGGGUGGGUUGUAGUGGAUUUUUUUGUCAACGAGGAUUGGUUUCUCCAUACUCUGGACGGCAUGUAUGAGUCCUUCGGCUUUUACAAUAUCUAUGGUUUCUCUGCCAUGAUGCCCGUGCUUUGGUCACUACAAACACAGUAUUUGGCCAAGCAUCCAACAGAGCUUUCCCACCUCCACCUACUCGGUAUCAUAGUACUCUACGUAGUGGGCUGGUAUAUCCGUUUUUCUGCGGAUUACCAGAAAGUCCAAUUUCGCCAGACACGGGGUGAAUACCCCAUUUGGGGUAAAAGGGGGAAGGGAAUCAAAGUGUCAUACCAGACUUCAGAUGGCAAAGCUCAUCAGACCUUGCUCCUAUGUUCUGGAUGGUGGGGAUUGGCUCGUCACGCAAAUUAUACCGGAAGCACAAUGUACACUUUAGCUCUCUGCGCUGCUUGCGGGAAUGGGGGCAUAUUUCCCUAUACUGAAGGGAUCAUACUGAUCGGAUUGCACAUUCAUCGGUGUUAUCGUGACGAAGAAAAGUGUGCAGCAAAAUAUGGGGCCGACUGGUAUGAGUACUGUCGCCGCGUGCCGUGGAGGAUGAUCCCCGGUGUCUUUUAGGUCAGUACGCAUCGGAAAUUGGUACGAUAUUUCGGGGCCUGCAAUAUAAUGCACUAUGUCAGCACAUCCAUGUUAGGAUGAGUUUCUAAAUUUAAGUGACAUGUCAA